AUGUCCGCGCCCACCCAAACCCCGCGCGUCACGCGCGUCACGCCCCUCAACAACGACGCCUCGAAAUGGAUCCACCUUGAGCAAAUCCACUACGAAGACCAAACGGGCGCGCCGCGCGUCUGGGAAGUCGCGUCCCGCCGCACGCGCGGCAGCGCCGGCGUCGACGCCGUCGCUAUCGGCAAUGUUCUGCUGCACCCGCGCAAGCCCGCCUCCACCCUCCUCGUCCUGCAGUACCGGCCCCCGCUCGACGCGUACACGGUCGAGUGGCCCGCGGGGCUGAUUGAUGCGGCGGAGACGCCCGAGCAGGCGGCUCUGCGCGAGCUUAAGGAGGAGACCGGCUAUGAGGGCCGCGUUGUUAGUGUUAGUCCCACGCUGGCGAGUGAUCCGGGUAUGACGAGCGCGAAUAUGCAGGUUGCGAUGGUGGAGGUCAAGUUGGGUGAGGAAGAGGAGCUGCCUGAGCAGAGUCUCGACGAGGGCGAGUAUAUCCAGCGCGUUGUUGUGCCUUUGAGCGAGUUGUAUGAGCGCUUGGUUGCGUAUUCGAAGGAGGAGAAGACGGUGGUUUCGGCGAAGUUGUUCCAUUGGGCUGCUGGGCUGCAGUUCGCGAGGGAGAACAAAUAUGUUUGA